UCUAUCGAGUCCACGAAUCCCAGUGUUGGUGCCCGUUUAAAGGUACGUCUGGCUCGUCUUGAAAUUGAAGCCAAAGAACGGGAACGUAAAGAUGAACUUGAUUUUAAGCUCAAAUGCCGGCAAAUAGAAGCUGAAACUGCAGUAAAAAUCCGUCAGCUGGAGCUACAGUCUCAUAAACUGGCCUCUGACCCAAUUAUUCAAACUUCUGAUGGGUAUAGAGAUAAUGUCAAUAAUCUUUCAGAUAAACCUUCCUCUUUUGACAUAAGUAAAAAUAUUGCCCUUGUUCCACCAUUCAGAGAGACAGAGGUGGAGGCAUAUUUUAAUGCAUUUGAACGUAUUGCUGUUGCCCUUCACUGGCCCAAAGAAGUGUGGUCUCUUUUGCUGCAAUGCAAACUAGUUGGUAAAGCACAGGAGGUAUGUGCAGCUCUAACAAUUGAAGAAAGUCUUGUGUAUGACAAAGUUAAAGCUGCCAUACUCAGGGCAUAUGAGUUGGUGCCUGAGGCAUACAGGCAGCGUUUCAGAGCUUUAAGAAAAUCCACUACACAAACAUUUGUUGAAUUUGCAAGGGAAAAAGGAAUGCUAUUUGACAGAUGGUGCCAGUCAACCAAAGCAACUGAUUUUAAUUCACUGCGUGAAUUGAUGUUGUUGGAAGAAUUCAAAAACUGUCUCCCAGAUCGUACAGUCUUGUAUCUGAAUGAGCAAAAAGUUAUCACUUUACAAGAGGCGGCUGUCCUGGCA